CCGGGCACACCCCUGCUGCUACCCCUAGGAAAACGACGAGACGGAUACGAGUGGGGGACGGAGGAGUGAUGAUAGCUAACGCAACUAUACCAGCCAGCUGACCUGACCGCCCCCCCCCCCCCCCCCAGCAAGCGGCAGCCCCUGCGUCCUGCGACACAGGAGAGCGGGAGCAGCCGCGCCGGCCUUCUUGUGAGUGAGCCGUCGCUCUCACGAACGGCGUCGGGUCCUCGUCGCCGCGGCAGGGCGCUAGGGCAGGCAUGCGCUGAUGGAAUUCAGGGGCCAGGAGGAGGAGGAGCAGGAGCAGGAGGAGGAGGAGCCCGUCUCGGAGGAGAUGGGCGCCAGCUCCGCGCCGCCGCCCGCCCUCGCCCCCGCCCCCGCCUCCGCCUCUGCCUCCGCCUCGGGGCACCAGAACCACGCCGCCGAGGCGAGGUACCACGAGUGCCUGCGCAACCACGCGGCGGCGCUGGGCGGCCACGUCGUCGACGGCUGCGGGGAGUUCAUGCCUGGCGGGGACGGCGACAGGCUCAAGUGCGCCGCCUGCGGCUGCCACCGCAGCUUCCACCGCAAGGACGACGCGCGGCGCCGCCACCAGCUCCUGCUCCCGGCGCCUGCGCCGCCGGUGUUGUCGCCCACGACUCCGGCGCCACGCGUCCCGCUGCUCCUGCCUCCGCCUCAUCCCCACUACGCCGCAGGCGCAGCCGUCGCCCACCCCCACUACGUGCCGCCGCCGUUCCCGUACCACGGCACGCCCAGCGGCAGCGGCGGCGGCACCACGACCGAGUCGUCCAGCGAGGAGCGCGGCCCGCCGUCCGGGCCCUCCGCCGCCGCCGCCGCGCACGCGCAGGGCCACGUCCGGCGGAAGCGGUUCCGGACCAAGUUCACGCCGGAGCAGAAGGAGCAGAUGCUGGCGUUCGCGGAGCGCCUCGGCUGGCGGAUGCAGAAGCAGGACGACGCGCUGGUGCAGCACUUCUGCGACCAGGUCGGCGUCCGGCGCCAGGUCUUCAAGGUCUGGAUGCACAACAACAAGCACACCGGCAGCGGCGGCAGGAGGCAGCUGCCGCAGCCGCAGGAGCAGCAACAGCCCCAACAGCAACCGCCGCAGACGCAGACGCAGGCGCACCAGCAGCAGCCGCAGCAGGAGCAGUAGCCAUGGUGGGAGACAAGGCUCAGCAGUCAGCACCACCACCACCAUUUGCUUAAUCCCCCGCCUCAUUUUUUUAUGGGCUCCGAGAGGGGGUGUGGGAUUAAACAAGGGAAGUCAGGAGAGCUCCUAUCCUUUCUUCCCUUCCGUUUUUGGUUUCUUUCACCUUAUCCUUCAUUUUUUGUAGUCACUUCUUUCACCAUCAUCCUCUUUUGCUUCAACAUUCUUGCUUGCAUAUCUUUGAUUUCUUCUGUUCUUAGUUUGGGGUAUCAAUUGGAAGGAGGAGGAGGCACUGUGCAUGCUUUGUAGCUACAUUCCUACUACCUUAACCUUAUUGCCAUUUGACCCCCUCGGCCAGCAAGGUUAACCAAUCUACUAAAUUCUCUCUA